CGCACUCGGUAUCUACGACUUCAGCAAACUGUAGCUGUCGAGUUAGCAGCAUUUUCGCUCUGAGUCUUUUUCUCACAGAGAAUCCAGUGAAAUUGUGUUGUUGUUUCCUCUCCAAACCCGAGGGAAAUCUGUGAUAAGUUUCAGCUUUAACGACAGUGAAGGAAGGCUUAUCUGAAGAAAAGCAAAAAGGAGCUAACAAUGUACAGCCCAAAAGAACCAGAAGAGGAAGUAGAUCAUUUGUUCUUUGACAGUGAAUGUGAUGAGCGUGACACCAAGACAGAAAAACAUGUCAACCAAACUGAAAACUUUCAAAUCGAGAGCACGGUCAAGGAGUGUGCAUUAGAAAUGUUACAAAAAGAGAUGUCCGAGCUUGAGGUUCAGAGCAGGUUGAUUGCAAAGGAUGGCUCUGAAUGUAAGAAGGACAUCAAAAUGAGAAAAGAAAGUUCUCAUCGGGAAAGAGAAAAGAAGAAAACCAAAAAAAGAGAACAUCCACCUAAAAGGAAGGAUCGUGUUAAAGAAGCAAAGGUGGCAUCGGGAAAAGUACACUCAAACACCUCAUCCAGGAACUCAUCACCAUUCCCUCAUUCUGAUGUCUCUGAAUCAAGCCAAUCAGGUGACUUAUCCAGCAGCUGUUCCUCCUCCUCGGAGGCUGAGGAAGACAAUGUAUUUAAAAAUGCGGAUGAUAGCGACCGUUGCAGUGAACCUGCCAAAAAGUCCACGGGCAAAUUCCGCAUCUGGGGCCGUAGCCGUUCAUCAUCCAGCAGUAGAGAGAGAAGCCCCACCCCCUUGGCAAAGUUCUUCAACACUCAGUCAUCCUCGCCCCUAUGGCGACAACCCCAACCAGGAUCAGCCAAUCAGAAUCAAAGGCCCAAUACCUCAGAAAUGGCUGAUUCCAAUGAUACAGUGACGGAUGUUACCCCUCUGUCCUCUCCAGAUGCGCGUCGCCGACAGUUGUUUGACCUGGUCCCACCUACUGACCCCUUGAAAAAUGUUGGACAGCAGCUGGAAGCGAAUACGGAUGGAGAGGAACGAUCUGCUAUGCUGAGUUCAGGCAGGCAGCUGGACAGGAUGCUGCUUGUCUCCAGUCCUGGCAGCACCUUUGUCAGCAGGAGCAGUGCGAGCCAGCACCGUAAGAACUACUCCUUCGACACCAGCGAAAUGCGAUGCAUCGAGCGUGAGAACCAGCGGCUGUUCCGUGAGCUCUCGCGCUCCUCCACUCAUUCUUCCUCUCGCUUCACCUUCCGCUCCUCCGCGCCACCAUUACGCCUUUAUCACAGUGGCCUCAACAGGCAGCGCCAGCAACGGCGCAUCCAACAAGAAAAUCUGGCCUUUCUAAAGCGUUUGGAGUCUGUAAAGCCGACUCCAGGAAUGACCAGAUUAGAACAGCUAACCGACUACCAGCGUCAAGCCAGGUACCUUGGAAUACCUACACUUCCUAUCAGACCUACAUCAGGAAGAAACUCCAUAACCUGCAGUUCAACCAAUCCUCACAGAACCAGACCUGAAAUUGCAAAACCUACCAGAAUCACCGCUCCACGACCAGCCUGGUCCUGAUCCAAACUCCAGCUCCAUCACAUGUGAAACCACUCAAAUGCUUCCUGCAAUUCAGCACCUCAGAUCUGGGUUGUGAGAAGCAUGGACCUCUUUAAUGUUGUACAACCCCAAUUCCAAAAAAGGUUGGGACACUGUGUAAAACAUAAAUAAAAAAAACAAUGUGAUGAUUUGCAAAUCAUGGAAACCCUAUAUUUAAUUGAAAAUGGUACAAAGACAACAUGUGUUGAAACUGAGGGAGGUUUUUUUUUUUAAAUAAAUAUAGGCUCAUUUUGAAUUUGAUGUCAGUAACACGUUUCAGAAAAGUUGGGACAGGGGCAUGUUUACCACUGUGUUGCAUCACCUCUACUUUUAACAACACUCUGUAAACGUUUGGGAACUGAGGAGACCAGUUGCUGUAGUUUUGAAAGAGAAAUGUUGUCCUAUUCUUGUCUGAUAUACAAUUUCAGUUGCUCGACAGUUCGGGGUCUUCUUUGUCGUAUUUUGUGCUUUGUAAUGCACCAAAUGUUUUACAUGGGAGACAGGCCUGGACUGCAGGCAGGCCAGUUUAGCACCUGGACUCUUACUACGGAGCCAUGCAGUUUUAAUAUGUGCAGAAAGCGGUUUGGCGGCAUUGUCUUGCUGAAAGAAGGAAGGGCUUCCCUGAAAAAGAUUUUGUCUGGAUGGCAGCAUGUUGCUGUGAAACUUGUAUAUAUCAUUCAGCAUUAAUGAUGCCUUCCCAGAUGUACAAGUUUUCAACAUUUGAUAUGUUGUCUUUUGUACUAUUUUCAGUGAAAUAGAGUUUCUAUGAUUUUGCAAAGCUUGACAUUCUGUUUUUAUUUACAGUUUACACAGCGUCUCAACUUUUUGGGAUUGAGGUUGUAAGUAGAACCUUCAUGACCAGGUGAUCAGCUAGUUAUAUGUUUUUAAUUAAGUGUAUGUUGAAGUGGUUGGUAGAGAAGAGACCUCGAUGAUGAACUUAAUCUUUGCACAUAAACACGUGUGUGGUUUUUAUAAAUUUUUUUUUUUUUUUUUAAAUGUCACUCUUGCCAAAAAUAGGAAUCAUUCAAAGCUGCAUCCUGAAAUCCAGACUCAAUCUGUGAUUUUUAUCCCGUAUUGCCUUUCUGAAAUUUAUUAGAUUUUUAAACAUUUUUCAAAUCUAGGCUGUUUUGUUUACUUGCUUAUCUUAAUAGAACAGCCUGUUUUCGCUGUAGCACUGAAGCAUAAUGAUGGAUGGCAUCUCUGGACCUUUACAUCACACUGAAUACUCUCCCUUUACCAUAUUAUGACUAUUUGUAUCUAUAUUAAUUUUAUAAACUGAGGCUUUGAAAAUAUACAAGCCACAUUUGAAGAACUGACCCAAGCUUGAAGCCCCCAAAAGAUUUGGAGCGAUAACACAUUAGUGACUUUUCCUCUUCUUGGAGUACACGCACAUGGCAAUCUACAUUAACCGUUUAUUUAUAGAUUUUUCAAGCUGUGGAGGCGGUAAAGCCUUAUCAUUGCUGGAUCUGGUGUUCAUUUUGCAGCUGUACAUUGCACUUGAUGACUUGAGAACUAAAAUGUGUUUAGUCCUCUCCUGCUUGCUUUCUUUGUGCCUGAAAUAGCAGAAGGUUUAUAUGAUUAAACUAAGUGAAUGCUUAGCUUUUGCUGUUUACUGGAAUAAGAUCAUUUUAUCUGUGGUGUAAGAUUUAAAUAUCAUUAAAUAUAAAUUAUGUACAAAUGA